UUAGUCGACCAUGACGCCAUUGAUUUACGCAUGCUGUAAACAAGCUGUUGACAGGUUUAUUUAGCAAAAUAUCAAUUUCGGUAUUGAGUACCGGAAUACAAAAUGGCGGAAUCAGUACAGGAGCGAAGGAUUGUACUUCUUGGCAAAACGGGAAAUGGCAAAAGUGCGACGGGGAAUACACUUUUAGGUCGUGACGAUUUCAAGUCCACCCUUAGUGCUAAUGGAGUAACGUCGGACUUGUGUCGAAGUAUCUGCUGGAAAAAUGUGAGCAAGUAUAAAUUUGAGUAUGAUAUUGUGGACACUCCAGGACUGUUUGACUGUGGAGUUAUUGCGGAAACAGCGCUUAAGAUUAUCCAGGUCGCGGCGCUGGAACCCCAUGUAUUUGUGUUGGUAAUCAAAGCGGACCGAUUCACUGAUGAAGAAAAGUUCAUGGCGGAUAUGUUGAGGAUAAUAUUCGGCGAAAAUGUAUUCGAUCAUACUAUAAUUGUGGUUACAAAUGGCGGAAGAUUUGUUAACGACAAGCAUUUUGGACAAUUCUGGCAUGAAUCGGGGUACCUGAAAAAACUGGUUGAAUUAUGCGGUGGACGAAUAAUACGGAUUGAAAACACAACAAAACAAUUCGACUUCGAGGAGUUCUCACUUUUCAUAGAGCAGAUGACCGAAGAAGGAAAAUCGGUCUACAAACACACAAACAGAGAUAUUCAUGAAUCCGUCUUACAAGAAAUGCUUCAAAAUAAGCAAGAGGACGUAGACAUUGCAUCGCAAAUCCGUGAGAUGAGUGCAGAACUAGGACGGCGUUUGCCUUACUGGAACGUUCCGUUGAUUGCCGGGGCGGCCGGGGGAGUUCUUCUUUUAGGGACGGUUGGUGGCAUCGCGGUCGCUGCCGCUGGCGGUGGGGUCCUGGCGGGAGUCGCAGCGUCUGCUGGGCAUAUGGCGGUGGCCGGAGGAGUGGCAAUGGCACACGGGGUGGCCCAUGUAGGGACUGGACUACUCGCAUUGGGAGGAACCAUAACGCCGUUUGUGUUUCGCAAAUUCUGGCGGUCAUAAUAAAAACAUUACUCUACAGAAAUUAUUAUGUGACGUUCCUUUACGUUAGCAACAAGAUUUUAGAUCAUAGCAUUGCAAGACAUAGCUAAACUUCUUUUCGGCUUUUGUUAAAGUAUAUAGCUGAUACAUUGCUUGUACUCCACAUGUUCUACACAGUGAACUGUGUUUCGUGUGUGUAAAAUGAUUGAUUUAUACCAGAGCUUUAGAACAAUGCAUAUUUGUGAUGAUACAGAUACCUAUACAAAACACAAACGCGGAAAAAACAAGGUAUUUGUAUUCGAUGUCUGAAUCCAAGCGAAAUGUAUUUCAAAUAAAUGCUACUAAUAAAUUACAUUUAAUAUUGCAAUAAUUCAAAAUAUUAUAGAUAAAAACAAGAACAUAUUCACCAGAUUGGCAAAACAUACAAUGCCCAAUGUGUGACCUAUACCUCAUAAUCAAGGAUCUGGCAAACUGCCAACAUAUUUAGUAGACAGUUUAAUAUUUUGACACACACCAAUAUCCAUGAAUAGACGUAUUGAAAAAGGAUGCAAAUUAUGGUACGACGUCAAGGAUACGCAUACAUUUAUGCAAUGUAAAAAAGAUUUUAAAAAUAUAUACACUCUGAAAACAUACGGUCAUUGAAGUUCAAAUACAUAUGAGAUUUGUCAUGGAAUCAAUAUUCAACAUUCUUUUCCUCUGUUCCGAAAGGACAGGCUACACCAUUUAAGUGACGAAUUGCAUUAGCUUUCAGUAACUUAAUGAUGUCGGUUCAUUUUACGUUUGCGUUUACAUCGACAUAAAGAUAAAAACAGACAUGGCAGAAAAAUAUAACAAUGUGUUCGUGUUUUAAAUUGAAUUUAAAUUUUAAACAUGAAGGAAUCAAGAUACGUACGCCGCUCCCAACCGCUGCGAGCAAAUUGAAACUUCAAUUGUGUAAUUAAGAAAACACGCUUUGUUUUUCAGCGAGAUGUCCAUAUAUAUAUAUAUAUAUAUAUAUAUAUAUAUAUAUAUAUAUAU